AGAAAAAAUGGUCGGACCAAUUCGUCCAUUGUUUGUGCUAUUUGGUUCAUCAAUAGUGCAGUUAAGCUACCAUCUUCAUGGUUGGGGUGCAACCCUCACUGGCCUCUACUCUCGCAAGGCAGAUAUAUCAUUGCGUGGAUAUGCUGGUUGGAACUCAAGGAUGGCUCUUCAAGUUUUGGACAAAGUUUUCCCAAAGGAUGCGGAUAUUAAGCCUUCUCUUGUAAUACUUUAUUUUGGUGGGAAUGAUUCAGUAGAUCCUGAAUUUCCUGGCAACAUUCAUGUUCCUCUUGAAGAAUAUGUUGAAAACAUGAGGAAAAUUGUACUUCAUAUCAAGAGCCUUUCAGAAAAGACUCGUAUAAUUAUGCUUAGUGCUCCUGCGGUGAACGAGGAACAAAUUGUCCAUUUUUAUGGGGAUAAUCGAGGUAGAACAAAUGAGACAUCUCGCAUAUACUCAGAAGCUGGUAUUAAAUUAGGCCAAGAAUUAGGCGUCAAGGUUAUCGAUUUUUGGUCAGCACUUCAGGAACGCCCUGAUUGGUUGACUACAGUCUUCUGGGAUGGGAUGCAUUUAACAAAGGAAGGAAGUGACAUUGUGGUGAAGAAAAUAUCCAAGGCACUUACUGAGGCAGAGUGGAAGCCAAGCCUACAUUGGACCAAAAUGGCUGAUGAAUUUUCUGAUAUUAAUAUACCACUUGGUGCUGAUGAGAUGAACCUUGAUGACUGGCAGAAGGAGUAUGAGUAAAACUCUACUGAUAAAUUGUUUCUCAUGAAUUUAAUUAAAACCCCAAAAGCUUUGGGUGCAUAUUAAAGUAUGCAAGAAUAAGAAAUGUAAUUUUCAUUUAUCAUUUUCCUGUUUGAUGCUCUGUAACUCUUCUGCAAUUGAAGAAAUGUUCAUGGGAUGUUAAAUAUUCAACAUUCUCCCACUUCGUCUGACGAUUCCUUUCAUUUAUAAAAUAAUAUCA